GAGUGCGGGCCCCCCUCAGUUAGCGACCGGACCUGGGAGCGGGCUGUUGUCUGUCGUGAGUAGGAGCGGGAGUCAGUGAGCGCGUCACGGGAGUCGUUUCUUUUCAGAGUCUUCAGGUGUCGAAGGUCCACCCCCGGACCGGACUUGUCGACGCCUCUCGUCCCCUCCCUGUUUCCGAACGUGAGCCGGGCUCUCUCCGUCAUCUCCGAGGCAGCCCUGCGAAAAGGAGGCAGGAUGGAGUUCAAGCUGGAGGCUCAUCGUAUCGUCAGCAUCUCCCUGGGCAAGAUCUACAACUCGCGGGUCCAGCGCGGCGGCAUCAAACUGCACAAGAACCUGCUGGUCUCGCUGGUACUGCGCAGCGCUCGCCAGGUCUACCUGAGUGACCCGUGCCCGGGCCUCUACUUGGCCGGUCCCGCGGGGAGCCCGGCGGCGCCGCCUCAGCAGCCCGGGGAGCCGGUGGCCGGGCCGCCCGCGGGCUGGGGGGAGCCGCCACCGCCGGCCGCUUGUGCCGCCUGGCCGGAGACCGAGCCGCAGCCGGAGCGCCCGGCCGACCCGGCCCCGCCGCGGGUGGGCGCCGCGGAGCCCGCGGCCCCGGUGACGGGCGCCGGGGACGCUCUUCGGGCCGGAGAGGUGGAGGCGGAAGCUGCCUGGCGCCGCGUGGAGGGACCGCGCGAGGCGGCGGAGGGAGGAGCCGGGGUCUUCGCGGGAGCUGAGGGGCCCCGUGGGGCGCGCCGCCACUGCGGCUGCCCCUCAGGAGGGGAGGACAGGCCGGGGGCGCUGGGCGCUUGCCCCCGAGUUGACUGCCGCUGCGCGCCGCGGCCGGCCGAGGACGAGCCCCCGGCACCGCCUGCCGUCGGCCCCCGGAAGCGCGGCGCGGCGGGCGUGGGUGGCGGCCCCGCGGGCGGUCCGGCGCCCGGCUCCAGCCCGCUCAAGAAGCCCCGCCGGAACUCGGAGGAGCAGCCGGGCGGGGCGGAGGAGGAGGAGGAGAUGGAGACCGGGAACGUGGCUAACCUCAUUAGCAUCUUCGGUUCCAGCUUCUCGGGACUCUUGCGGAAAAGCCCCGGGGGCGGCCGGGAGGAAGCCGAGGGAGAGGAGAGCGGUCCGGAAGCCGCCGAGCCCGGGCAGAUCUGCUGCGAUAAGCCGGUGCUGAGAGACAUUAACCCUUGGAGCACAGCCAUCGUGGCCUUCUGAGCCCCCGGGUCGCGUUCGGAAGGAGGUUGAGCGGCGGGUGGCCCCGACGUGGGGCUGCGAGGACGGCCCAGAGACCGCAGGGCGCUGGACGCGUUGCGGGGACCGUGGGUGCCGCCGGGCAGCACCGACUGCCCUCGGGCUCGGCCGCCUCCCCCCUGGAGGCUUGUCGGAAGAGGACGAUCGUUAACUUUUGUGUAGUGUUUUGUCUGUGUACGUACGUCUGUCUUGUUGAAUUCAGACCAUUUUGUCCUUCUGGAAUGCACCACCCCUUUCCCAGGGCUGAGGAGAUCGGGGGCAGACGGGGACUUUCCUUUGCCGGCAGCCCGGAGAAGGAAGCGGCGGAGAGGGCCGGGCCUGGGGAGUUCCCCUUUCGUGCUCGGGGGAGGAAGGGACUUUACACACACCCCUCACAUGAAAGCUAGCCCCGCACCAGGGCCGGGAGUGGCAUUUCCUCACAGGAUUUCCUAAGACUAGAGGGAUUUAGUCUGGAGCAGAGACCUGUAUCAUUUCGCUCUCCCCACUUUUCUCUCUCUCUGAAGAAACUUCUGUACCCUGUGAUUACUCUGGGAAAAGGGAAUCUGAGCGGCUCUUGUCUUCCCCACAGGGGGGGAAAAAAAAGAAAAAAGCUUGAUGAACUUCACAGAAGAGUUCAAGCUUGGAAAUACGGAGUUUAUAGAGAAUAGAUAUAUUUUUAAAAGCUCUAGAUCGGAACUACUACGAGUGCUUUUAAAAAGUGUUUAAUGAAACAGAGUUUACAGACAGAAGCCCUAAGUGGAAAGACCUUAUGGUUUUGUAGAUACGGUGACUCCAGUCUUUGUUGUAUAAAGGUUGGGGGAGCCGACAAGGUUUUUGUACAGUAUUUUCUCCUUCGUUGUAUUGAUUUUGGUAUAAAAAUGUAACUUUACGUGUCUAACACGUAUUAAAUAUUUUGAAGCAACUUAA